AAGUUGAAAUUUGUUUUGGCUUGGCACACGCGCUCUUUGUCUCUCUAGUCACAGCCCACCUUCUCUCUCUCUCUCUCUACCCCCAAAUCUUUUUUCUUACAAACCCUAAUUAGCGUCUGCUGCUUCAGAUCUAUCUUACCUCUUCGUUUGUGAGAAAGUACAGAUACGGAAGAGAAGAUGUCAGGUGCUGCGUUGGACAUGACUCUCGAUGAUCUCAUCAAGAGCAACAAGAAAUCCGCGCCCCGUGGUAGAGGCCGCGCCGCCGGUCCUGGCCCAGCUCGCCGCCAGCCUAAUCGCUCCGCCAAUCGAGUCGGCCCCUACACCGCUCCCAAGGCACCAGAAUCUUCUUGGGGUCACGAGAUGUUCUCCUCUGGUAGUCGAGCACAACCACAACCUUCUAGUAUCGAGACUGGAACGAAGCUAUACAUCUCCAAUUUAGAUUAUGGGGUUUCUAACGAGGAUAUUAAGGAACUGUUUGCGGAGGUCGGUGACCUGAAACGAUAUAUUAUACAUUAUGAUAGGAGCGGCCGAUCAAAGGGUACUGCUGAAGUAGUCUUCUCACGACGACAAGAUGCAUUAGCUGCUGUCAAGAGGUACAAUAACGUUCAGCUUGAUGGGAAGCCAAUGAAAAUAGAGCUUGUGGGAACAAACAUUACAGCUGCUGCUGUUAGUCUUCCGCCUUCUGCUGCUUUUGCCGAACCAAAUGUAGCUCCUCGAAGUGGAAACAGUGGACAAGGAAGAGGCGGAUUUGGCAGAUCGCGUGGCGGCGCUGGCCGAGGCCGUGGAUUUGGGAGGGGGGGCCGUGGACGGGGAAGAGGAGGCCGUGGUGAGAACGAGAAGAUAUCUGCAGAUGAUCUGGAUGCUGACUUGGAGAAGUAUCACGCAGAUUCAAUGCAGACCAAUUAAUGUGUAGCAUAUAUAGUGGAUGUACUUAUUUGCACUUCAUGUGUUCCAACACCUGAAGUUUCAACACGACUUUACUUUAACCAACAUUAGUUCUUCGAAAGAAAGAGAGCUCUAGUGUGGGUGGGGGAGUGCAACUCUGGUUCAGGGAACUUGUUGUGUUUUAUCAACUUUAUAUUUUCGUAUGAAUUUAAGACAAAAGUGUGUAAUGAACAUUUCAGUAUCCUUCAUUUCUCCUUAAAGAUUCGAGUGGUUGUAGUAGCAUCCCUCUUGUUUAAGUCCGCUGAAGGUAUGGUGAAGAAUUAAUUCGAAGCAAUCCAGUUUGCUUGCUUUUGCAACUGGAGAGAUACUGGAUCAUGAAAUUAUGGAGCAUCAAGUUUGAGGGAGCCCCCUCAGUUUCUGUCCCAACUGGUUUAUAUCAUUUGUGAAGAGGAGUAUAUGUUUCCCGAGCAUGAGCUUGUAGACCAAGAAGGCUUUGCUUAUCUGCACUCAUGAAGGUUUUUAUGUUAUGUCUUUUAUUUCAUGGAAAUAUAUAUUUCUUGGUAAUGGUAUCUCUUAAAUUGAGUACAGUAUCUAGAGUCAAACUCUGGUUGUGGAUCUUUUGACUGGGUUUCAGUAUCUCCAUUAUGUGGCUCUUGGUGCUGUGCUGGAAGGAGCUUCUGUGUCCACAAUUGAGUGUGGUGAUAUUUCAUUUUGGAGUUAUUUUUUUUCUUAA